CUGCCGGAGUUUAUUCUCGCUGAUGGAGAAAAUUCUUCUGAUUAUACCUCACAUUGACAAUUUUUCCUUUUUCUUAAAGAAGUUUGAAUAAGUUCAUUGAUAAUGGGGAAUGCAGCACCACAAGCUGUAGCUGUUGAAGCGAAAUCUCAGAAGGAUGAGAAAAAAUUGAAACCCUGUUGUGCGUGUCCAGAGACCAAGAAAAUUCGAGACACUUGCAUAAUGGAGAAGGGCCAGGAGGAGUGUGGACACCUGAUCGAGGCCCACAAAGCCUGUAUGCGUCAUCUGGGUUUCAACAUAUAGUCAAAUCCCUGAUCAUUCCUCUCAGGUUGUAAAAAUCCUAAAGCCGUUGAUCGUUUUUUUCCCUUUCGUUUUUCGUCGGAUAGUCAGCAUUUUUCUUCAGGGAUAGUAUAAUUCACAAUAUUUAUGUAGAUUAUUUAGUGAUUAAUCACUAGUUUGAAUUGACAUGUUGAUUAUCCAUUCUGUAAAAUAACUAGAAUAAUGAAUAAAAUCGUUCAAUAUUUAUUAUAAA